CCGCCUCUGCCCUCCUCCCCCUACACACGGAAGCUCAGUGGCCCCCAUGCCAGGAUGUCCGACGCCUGGGUCCCCGGCCUCGUAUUCUCCCUGCUGCUCAGCCUCCUGGCCGGCCUCCAACAGGCUGCAGCCAAAUGUGGCAUCUUCUUCACCUGCCCCCAGGGAUUCAAAUGCUGUGGUGACAGCUGCUGCCAAGAGUAUGAGAUCUUCUCCGGCCCCUUGAGGAUCUUUGUCAUCAUCUUCCUGAUCAUCCUCCCUCUCCUGUGCAUCUGUGGCCUGGUCAAGCGCUUCUGUCAGAACUGCAGAGAGCCGGAGCAGGACAGCCCAGUGGAUCGUGAGAGGCUUCCAGAGCGGCCCCACAUUGCCUCCCCAGAGAGGGUCAGGGCGUCCGCCUCAGAGCCCCCACCCCCCUACAGCGAGAUUAUUCUGAAACCUGUCCUGAGCCUGCCCCCCAUGGAGCCACCCCCUCCCUACAGCUUCAGGCCUGAAGAGAAUGCUGGGACACUCAGGGGCGUCGACAACCCAGCCUUCUGAUCCACCUCCUGCCUGGAAUCCCGCCGUCAGCCACCUCCUCCGCCACGCCUCCUGGAGCAAGCCAGAGACGCCUGGGACCCCUGGAAUGCCCACUGCCCAUCCUGCCACAUCUCUGGCCAUUCUUGGAUUUAACUUAUUCUUUUUCCUGCCCCUGCUCCAUCCCAGCUGCCUCUCUUGUCCCGAGGGCUGGGCUGGAGCAACAGUGUCCACCCUGUGCCUCCAGCCCAAUUUAGAGGCUGCCAGGAGGAAAAUGUCAACAGUUAGAGGUGCUCGACAGUGGAGUGGGCCACUCCGAGGAGUGGAGAGAGCCCCAUUUCUGGAAGUGUACGAAUCUGGACUGGACAGCCAGCUGUGAGAUAUUAUGGAGGGCGUUUCUGCGCCCGUGGGAGAUGGGACCGGAUGAGCUCUGAGCCACCUUGCACUUCUGUCUGAAUGAAGACCCCAUUGUACUGCUCCCCCCAACACGUGUAGUCACUAAAUUUUAGCUGGUUGU